GGAUUGGGGUAAUCGUUCGAAAAAGAGGCGAGGCUCCCAACAUCCGAAGCUCACAAUACACACUACUAAAGAGAGAAGCAACAAUCAACAAUCAAACAAUACGCAACAACAACACACAAGCAUGAAAUCCAUACGCACCCUUGCCAUUCUUAGCUAUUGGCUAAUCCCUGCUGUCUUGGGUGAAGAUUACCUUGCCAUGUUAGAACCCCAGGAUAUGUUUGAGGAAAAAUUCAAUGCUGCCAAAGCGCUGUGGCAGAGUAUUGAUAUCCAGGAUUAUCAGUACAAUUUUACAGAUUAUGGAGAUGGAGUGACGGAGCAUACUCUGUACCCGUUUGUGUCGCAGGUGCGCAAGGGAGCCGGAGUUUCCUUGGUGGAUGCCGAGAACCAACCAAUCUUGUGGACCAAAAAGCAAACGCUGGAUCGGUACUUUGAUUUGAUCCAGAAUCAGCUGGAUCAGGGUGCCACGAAACUCAAUGUGACAUACAAUCAAGCACAAGGAUACCCCGAGCGCAUCCAGAUUAACACCAACGAGGGCACGACCAUUCACGUGGAAAUCCAUGCAGUCAUCGAAUUCCCGCAGAUGGCCGCAAUACAAGCAGAGCUGGAUGCCUCCUUUGCAAAGUGGGAGAGUCAGGGUAUUGAGGACUAUGACUUUGAGUUCACACUCCAUGGAUCCUCGCACAUUGAAAAUGGAACAGUGGUUUCCUCCGAAUUGCAGAGUGGCGGUGAGCUGGAAGUGGAAUGGACGCAAGAACAGACCAUGGACACGUACUUUGCACUCAUUCAAAGUCAGCUGGAUCAGGGCGCCAAAGUGAUUGAUGUGUCGUAUGAUCCGAUAAAAGGAUUCCCGGAGCACAUCCGGAUUGUCACUGUUGAGGACAAGACCAUUCGUGUCGAUAUCUCUGACUUUUCAGUAAGUACGGACCACUCCUCCCAAAGAAGAAGACUGCUUCCCAAUGCCGCUGCAUUGCAAGCACAGCUAGAUGCGGCCAGGUCCAAGUGGCAAAGCCAAGGCAUCUUGAACUAUGACUACAAGUUUACCAAUUUUGGGAGCAACAUCCCAGAGGGUGUUGUGUACCCCUUUGCCUCCCAAGUUCGCAAUGGUGCGGGGAUAUCCUUGGUGGAUGGUACAAACAAAGAGAUUGUUUGGACCAAAAAGCAAACAUUGGACAGCUACUUUGGUCUCAUUCAGCACCAGCUGGGUGCCGGAGCUCGGCAGAUGGAUGUGUCCUAUGACAGCAAGAGGGGCUUUCCAAAUCGAAUCUACGUGGUGAUGGCCAGCGGGCAGAUCUUUCAUGUAGAGAUCUUUAGCUUUACGUACUAUCAAAGAAGGAGUCUUCGGGGAUCAAAUAAAUGAGGCAAGCAACUACAAAGCUGCCUAAGUUGCUCAAAGGGUGUCAGCCACUAAACUAGAAACUGGUUUCAUAAAAUAGUGCAUGUAAGAGCGGAGAAUACUACAACGAAGCAGACGGUACC